AUGAAAUCCCCUCGUUCUCAGGUAUGUAACGCAGCGUUGGAAGUGUACGUGCGUCGCGCGUACACGUCGUACGAUAUCACAUGCUUGCAACACCUUGCUUUGUCCGGAGAGUUGGGGGUCGUUCAUUUCCAGUUCGUCCUGCCUACUGGACAUCCUAACAGAAGAAUCAGUUCUCAGCAUGGUGAUGCGGUACGGGCUCAGACUGUGGAAACUCGGUCUUGCAGGCUGAGAUCAGGCUUAAACGGAGGAUUGGUAACAUCAGUUAUGAAUGGAGGAGAUAAGCAAAUUUUGCAAUGGUUAGCGGAUGAUGAAGAACACGUUAAAGAGUCAGAUUCUGUGUUGGAGUCAGAUGAGAUAUUUCAAAGUGAUCACAAUAGUACUAGCAAAAUAAAUGAUUCUAUUGCAAAUACAAGCGAAUCGUCAGAUAAUGCAGGACAAAAGCAGGAGUGGACGCCAAUGAUCAGUUGUGUCUUACAAUAUGUAGGGAGGCGUUCAAAACGAUGGCCAUUUUGUUUCAUCUUA